AUGUGUCCUGUGAUUGUUCUGGGGCUGUUCCUGGUGUCCUGUGCCGGCCAGCAGUUUGGAGAGUACUGCCAUGGCUGGACGGACAAUUAUGGAGCCUGGCACCCUGGAUUUCAGUGCCCGGAGCGCUAUGACCCCCCGGAGGCCACCUACUGCUGUGGAUCUUGUGCUCUCCGCUAUUGCUGUCCGGCCAGCGAGUCCAGACUGGACCAAGGACUGUGCCCGAGUGAGGAGGGGGACGACGUGUCCAGGGACGGAGCUCCGGCUGUCCCACUGCCAGCUACAGUGCCCAUCUACCUCCCCUUCCUGCUGGUUGGCAGUAUGUUUGUGACCUUUGUUAUUGUGGGCUCGCUUGUGGGAGUAUGCUGCUGCAGAUGUCUGAAACCUGAGGAAGGAACACAGAUUGGUGCUCCUGCCCAACAAAGCCGACUCCUGGACACAGAAACGUCUACUGACACAUCAAGGCAUUCCAGUUCCAGCUCCGCCUCUGCACCUCGUGGCUCCCUCAGCAACAAUCCUCAUAAUCUCUGCUCUCUGGGCAAUGAAAAUCUUAAUAUGUAUAUGAAUAUGCCUACGGCUUUUCCCAUCAUGGCUUGUCCACCAAAUGCUCAGUUUAUGCAUCCUGCAACCACCGCAUCACCUUUCUUACAACCGCCAUUCAUCAAUUAUGCUGUACCAGCGGACCAUGCUAUACUAAUGACCCCAGCCUCUUACAUUGAUGCCAGGAACUGCUACCCACAAUCUGCCAAUGGCUACCUUCCACUGAACCAGCAUAUUGACCUACCUGUGACUAAUGACGCAGCUGCUAAGUGCUGA